AUGUUAAUUCUGAAGAACGGCGGCUCAGCCCUCGAUGCUGUCGAGGCCGCCGUUAAGACUUUAGAAGACCGAGAAAUCACCAAUGCAGGAUACGGCAGCAACUUAGCCAUGGAUGGUGUCGUCGAGUGCGAUGCUUCCGUGGUCGACCACUUUGGGCGUAGUGGAGCUGUUGGGGCUGUAGCUCAGAUCAAGAAUCCUAUAUCCCUAGCACGAAUGGUCCACGACCAUACCAUGAGUCCGCUAACGCUGCGUCGAGUGCCUCCAAACCUUUUGGUAUCUCAGGGCGCCACUGACUUCGCUGUCGAGAUGGGUAUGCCAAUCCUGCCCCAUGAUGCACUCAUCUCCCCUGCGGCGAAAGAGCGUUGGAUGCGAUGGCGCUCCGACUUGAGAGCAGCCGAGCGCAAGUCCAAGAAGAGUGGUGCACAUCCAUCAUGCUGGAAGAUCAGGGAUACUACGGCACCAGUCGAUGAGCGGGCACAGGAACGCAUGCGCGAACAGCACACUCAGAACCUGCUACGGGCAUAUCCGUCUCUGCUGCAAUCACAUUCGCCUCCGCUAUCGGAUGGUUCAAUGUACGGUCAAGGUGAGAACGCGUCUUCUGAUCCUUCGGUUCCUCCUUCAGAGCAGUCUUCGAGCUCUUGGGUCAGCAAUGAGCCGACCAGCGCACCCGACCUGACCGAUACGGCACCAUUGGUUGCAGAGGCUCGUCCGAUCACUGUUUCUGAUGCUUCUCGCAGUGCUUUCGUCAACAGCACGCAACAGAUACCUACUCUGAAAGAGUAUCGUCGCGACGCAGGUUAUGAAAGCAUCAUGGAAGACGCGCAGAUGGAGGGCGACGACACAACAUACGUACCGAAACCGCGUGGAGCGUGGGCUGAUGGAUCUGGAGAGGAUUUUGACUCUGAAUCCAGCGUGCAGACAGCAAAGGGCGGUCCCAAGGAGAAGGCUCAACGUGACGCGAUCGAUACCCGCCUACCGGAAACCCCAGACGAAAGUGUAGUCCAGUCGCGGCUCGCUGCUACAUCGACCCCACUAAAUCACGUCAAAGAGACAGCGCCACUGCCGCCCAUGCCAUCUAGUCACACGGCGCAUGAGGUCGAAGAAGACCAUAUUACCGAUACUGUUGGCGCUAUCGCAAUCGACAGCUGGGGUAACAUUGCUUGUGGUGCAUCUUCCGGUGGCAUUGGCAUGAAGUACCGGGGCCGGGUAGGCCCGGCAGCUCUUGUCGGCGUAGGAGCCGCGGUCAUCCCCAUUGACCCUGACGAUUCCGAACAAACAUCCGUCGCGACAGUUACAAGCGGAACCGGGGAGCACAUGGCAACCACCAUGGCUGCCACAGUAUGUGCCGAGCGUCUAUACCAGAGCGUGAAGAAAGGCCGUGGCGGCGACUACGUUGAAGUGACCGAAGACGAGGCUCUCCGAGCAAUGAUCGAGAACGAAUUCAUGGGGCAUCCAAGUGUCAAGCACAGCAACUCGGCCGGUGCCAUCGGCAUCCUUGGUGUGAAGAAGAUGCGCUCUGGCAUAUUGCUCUACUACGGACACAACACUGACUCGUUCGCUAUGGCAUCCAUGUCUUCGGAUGAUGAUCGUCCUGCCUGCUCCAUGUCUCGCAGUAAUGGUAGUGGCCAGAUUGCGCAGGGUGGAAGGAUGGUGCCUGUGAGGCGCAACAAGAGGACCAAGUCAACUCCAAGGAGGUGA